GAGCUGGCUCACAAGCCCUCCCUAUUCUGUGACAUGUCUGUUUCCUGUUUCUCCCCCAUCAGGAGCAGUUUCAGUCUCAACUUCAAAAGAACAAACACGCACUCAAAACAAAGGAAGACGGUCCUCGACUGCAGAGGAAGCAGGAAGCUGUCGGCCCAGCUCUGAGCCCAGCUGCUGGAGCCCCGAGCAGCGGCAUGGAGUCCGUGGCCCUGUACAGCUUUCAGGCCACAGAGAGCGAUGAGCUGGCCUUCAACAAGGGAGACACACUCAAGAUCCUGAACAUGGAGGAUGACCAGAACUGGUACAAGGCCGAGCUCCGGGGCGUCGAGGGGUUUAUUCCCAAGAACUACAUCCGCGUCAAGCCCCAUCCGUGGUACUCGGGCAGGAUUUCCCGGCAGCUGGCUGAAGAGAUUCUGAUGAAGCGGAACCAUCUGGGAGCCUUCCUGAUCCGGGAGAGUGAGAGCUCCCCAGGGGAGUUCUCCGUCUCUGUGAACUAUGGAGACCAGGUGCAGCACUUCAAGGUGCUGCGUGAGGCCUCUGGGAAGUACUUUUUGUGGGAGGAGAAGUUCAACUCCCUCAACGAGCUGGUCGACUUCUACCGCACCACCACCAUCGCCAAGAAGCGGCAGAUCUUCCUGCGCGACGAGGAUCCCUUGCUCAAGUCACCUGGGGCCUGCUUUGCCCAGGCCCAGUUUGACUUCUCAGCCCAGGACCCCUCGCAGCUCAGCUUCCGCCGUGGCGACAUCAUCGAGGUCCUGGAGCGCCCAGACCCCCACUGGUGGCGAGGCCGGUCCUGCGGGCGUGUUGGCUUCUUUCCACGGAGUUACGUGCAGCCCGUGCACCUGUGAGCAGCCCAGCGGCCGAUCUGGCCGACGGGCCAUUUUACAGGAACUGAGGUCCAGAGAGGACAUGGACACCCCCAGCCCGGUCAGAGUCACAUGGGGCUCAGUGGACGGCCUUGGACUGAAUGUGGGCUCCUAACUGCCUCCAGCCACUUUGCACAAAUUGGGAUGGCCCAGGCUCCCCAGCAAGGGUACCCUGUAAGGGUAGCUCUGGGGCUUCCUGGCUGGUUGCUUCCCAUUGGCUGCCAGCUAUGUGACAUGACAGGGCGGAGUCUGUGGAGGCCCCACCCACCUCCUCUGGUCAAUGGCCCCAUCUGCCAGGAAGGUUGAGGACUCCCAGGUUUCACCCACUGGAGGCUCAACCUGAGGAACCCUGGCCAUGGUGGGUGGGUUCACCUUGGGCUGACCACCCACUGGGCCUGCCUGCCCCUCCCUCAAAAGGCCCCUCGAGUUGUACGAGCUGUUGGGAGGUGGUUCAACCUGGAAGGACAGACUGCACACCUGUUGACCUAAACUCACUGGACAGACUCCAGGUGGACACCACUCCUCAACAGCCCCAUGACUUCAACUCCACCUGGGGCACCCAACACCUGUGCCCCACCACAGGACUAGAGGCCCUGAGACCCUGAAAAAGGGGCUGGCAGUAGGGAAGGUGGAGGCACACUCCUCUCAUGUUGGACAGGUGAGCUCUGAGGGCAAGCCCUGGGCCCAGCCACGCAGAGACCCUGGCUGCCCUGGCUCUUGUUUGUUUAGGCCCGGGUUCUGCCCAGACCAGGGCCCAGGAGAGCUCUCAGGAGGCUGAGAAACCUCCAGGCCAGACAGAAAGUUGGUGCCAGAGCUGGGUUUUAGAGAUCCUACAGGAUCCCAAUGGGACAGCUACCUAGGUGGGGCAUGGCCCCUACCUGAGAACAGGAGGGUCCUCCAGAGAAUGUGCCACCAUCAGGGAUAUGAGCAGGGCCUGCCCAGAGCCUGGGCACCUUUGGGAGCGGGAAAAGUGAGGUGGGACUUGGAAAGGCUUUGGAUGCCAGGCUGAUGGUUGAGGGGAUGGUGGGCAGGGAGGGAGGGCAAGGAGGCUCCCUCUGGCAUUUGGGAGCAGGUGGGUGGAGGGAGGAGCCCCUGGAGGUGGCUACAGUCCCUUAAUGGGAGGCCUUGUUCUGGGCAUGUGGGGCUCUCCCUUUAUCCAGAGAUGGCCCAAGACCCUACAGCCCUGAGUGCUGGCAAAUCUCACUGCUCCUGACCUGGCCUGUGUAUUCAGAACAAAGACAGUAAAACCAACAUCAGGAUGUCCAUCAGAAAUCUAAUUUUCUUUCCAA